UGCCGUAGGGCGGUAGCAGGUGAGCAGGUUCCAGAGUCGGAGAGUGUUGGACCGAGAACUGGGCAGCGGUACGCCAUACAGGUAGAAAAGUCGCAUCGUUAAAGAAGUUUGUCGGCAUCUGCAGUGAAGUAUCUGAGCCGGAGCAGUAGAGCUGGUUUUAAAGAUGGAUGCAUCUCCCUUUAGAAGGGGUCAGUGGGCCUCCCAGUCUGUCAGAGUCACUGCAAGGGAACUGUCCCUUGUGAAACCAAAGAAUGCAGCCAUUAUGGAGAUUUUUUCCAAGUAUCAGAAAGCUGCUGAAGAGUCGAGCUUUGAAAAGAAAAGAUCUAACGCAGAGAAUCUGCCCCCCAGUUUUAAUCGGGGCUCUCUCAGUGUAUUAAGGAAGAGGUGGGAGAUUCCCGGUCAAGCAGCUCGGACUGAAACUAUCCAUAACAGCGGCUCCCAGCUGAGGCAGAAGGUCAGCAGCCCUAGGGGUGAGAGUACUUCCCCAGAACGGUCUGAAGUGGUCAGCACCAAGGCUCGCUCCCCUGCGCUGCACAGCAAUCGCUUCCGCUAUCCCAGUGCCACCGAGCACAGCUCCAACCACAACGUGGGGGAAAACAUGGACCAAGACUUAGAGGUUGCAAAGCAGGACACCCCUGAGCCUUCUCCCAAGGUUGAAAAGUUUAAUGUGCCAUUGAACAACUUGAAGAUGAUGUUUGAAAAAGGUGAAGUUGCCAACAAGCCCCAACAAGAACCUGGGAAAAUCCAUGUCGGAAGAAUUAUUUCAGACAAGUAUGUCUCCUCUGAAGACUCGGAUAGCUGCUUCACUGAGAAGACUCCUUCUUUAUCUUCCGGCUCUCCUGAUGGCUCUCCAAGCAAACUUUCCUCUACUAGAAGCCUGGAAGACUCUCCUAUUCUGCAGGCCACUCCACUGAAAGACAGGAUGGCCAAGUAUCAGGCAGCUCUUUCCAAACAGAAUGAGGUGAAAAAUCAUUCUGACCAUAAAGAAAAUGUCCCCCCAAGCCAACUGAACAAUGCCUCGUCUCCUGACCAUGAAAAGAUACUUGUGAAUGAGAACAGCCCCGUCAUUUCCAGGAACACCUCGGAUAACUAUGAAAAAUAUGAAGAGAUUCAGAGGUCCAGCAGCUCUCCUGACUACAGUCCCCAAUCAAGAGUGCUAAAUACAAUGGAGCCUUCACCUCCCAAAUCUGUAAAGAAGUUCCAGUUGCCGGCCAGAGAGGUCUGCUUUAGCUGUCAGAAAACGGUCUACCCGAUGGAACGACUCUUUGCCAAUAAUCAAGUGUACCACAACGGCUGCUUUCGUUGCUCUCAUUGUUCGACCAAGCUCAGUCUUGGAACUUUUGCAUCACUCCAUGGUACUGUUUACUGCAAACCCCACUUUAACCAGCUGUUCAAAUCCAAAGGGAAUUAUGAUGAAGGUUUUGGGCACAAACCACACAAAGAACUUUGGGUGAACAAAACAGAGACCAGUGAAACGGAAGAGAGCCCAGAGCAGACGACUGCUCAUAUUUCUAAGGAUCCCAGCAGCCCAGUUGUGGAAGAAGCUCCCAUAGCAAAGGUGGGAGUCCUAGCUGCAUCCAUGGAAGCUAAAAAUAGUAGCGCACAAGAUAAGGAGAAGCAAGUGGAGACUAAAAGGCUGAAGAUUGCCUGGCCUCCCCCAGCUGAAUCCAGUGGUGCUGGUGGUUCUGGGGAAGAGAAUAUCAAAGUGCUUAGGCCAAAGUGGCCACCAGUUGAAGAAAUUCAAAAAGUAGAAACAGAAGAGGACUUAGACCUGAAAAAGCUCAGGAGAAGUGGAUCACUUAGAGAGCGCAGCCGAGCUUAUAUAUUAUCUGUGGCUAAGCCUGUGGAUAGUGACAAAGCCCUGGAUAACUUGCCUGCAUCACCCCCAAAGUUGAAAAAGUCAAAUUCCUUUAAACUACGGGAUACCUGGAUAAAGAAGCCAGAAGAAAGACAGUCAGUGGAAGAAGAGAACAAGCCCUCUCAAGAUAUUAAAGAUGUUUCUGUAGUGGCUGAGGACAAAGAGGCGAAUCCUGCUGACCUGGCUGAUAAAGUCUUAGAGAGUGAGGAUGUUUCUAAAAUUGAGGUUGCCGAACAGCAACACUCCCCCGAAGAGUCCACUGAAACGAGCCACUCAAGCCUGGAAGAUCCAGUAAGCCCUAAGAAUACCUCCCCUGAGGAGAACCGUAGGUCCCAAGAUGUUGGCUACUGGGAGGGAGAAGAAUUUGAAGAGCUUUCAGUGGAAGAUCAGAUCAAAAGGAAUCGGUACUAUGAUGAGGAUGAUGAAGAUGUAGAUGGAGAGGAGAAUGACUAAUGUGGCUUGUCCAGUGUGUUUGUACAGGGCUCUGCCUUAAUUUUAUCAUUUAGGCUACCACACAACUUGUGGCCCUUGUUGUCUUUCCUGUAACACUUACUCCCUUAUAAAGAACUGGUUGAGGUUGAAAAUAUGAAAUGUUGCUGAUACCAAAACAGUGGGUGAGGAAUGGAAUGGAAACUAGUAAAUACUACCUGUCUUACCGUUCAACUAGCAAGGGCCGCAUUAAUUUAUAUGUAUUUUCCUUAAAGGUGCAAGUGGCUAAUGUGGCCUAGCAGCGCCACACGUGGCUAUUUGCUUCCUGCUUCUUGGUGGUAAAUACCAGUUUCCUACCAAAUCUGCAGGUUCCUUCCAUGGAGUGGUAAUUCUGUCUGCCACCUCACAUGUGCCCUUAUUUCCAGGUAAGAAGAUUCACUUGCCUGAAUGCUGCCUGAUCUGUUUUUCAUAUUGUAGAACCUUUAUGCAUCAGAUGUGUAGAUUCUAAACCAAUAUAUGCAAUUUUGUAAAUGUCAAGGGGGUUGUGAAUGUAACUGGCACUACAAUUGACUUGCCUCAAAUCUGUAAUCACUUGGUUUUGAGAAUCUGUAUUUGCUGGUAGCAUGUUCUCUUAGUACUGUAAUUAUUCUGAUAAGAAUGCACUUUUCAUCCCUUGGAAGGGCAUUUGUUGUGUAUAAGAAUAAUAUGCAAACUGGAAAAAAAUCUCUUAUCUGGUACAAUAAUAAGAGCCUUCAGCUGUGGUUGAGUGACCCAGACACCAACCCCAAACGGGUCUUAAUGUGCAAUGAGCUGUUUUGUAAUAGAUGUUGUGAACUGGAAUGCUAUUGGUCAAGCUGUUAUUUAAUAUGCAAUACAUUGUUUUGCACUGGAGGAAAUCGUUAGCAAAAGGAGCUGAUUACUUCUUAUACAUUCCAAGUUUGCUGCUUGAAUAUCUCUCUCAUACCAUCUCAUUCUGAAUAUUAGACAUUCCUAAACAUUUAUGCUGAACAGUUAGUGAGCGCUAGGAGCCAGUCUCAGUGAUUUAUGUUGAAUGACAACAAGCUGCAUUGUGUACUCUUUGUUUCACUUAUACUUUUCCAGUCCACUUGCGGAUAUUUAAUGAACAGGAUUUCAACAGGUGCAACACUAAUUUUAGAGGGUCGUUUUUUUAAUUGUUUCUGACCUUUUACCCAAUUUGAUUCUUUAUAUUGAUGGAUGACAGGACUGUUUUUAUGUUUGAUGCAGCAAUUUGAAAUGCUGUAUGCAUGAUAUAAAGAGUGUUUUUUUUAUAUAAAGGUGUAAUAUAUUUUGCUUUACAACCAAUCUGACAAUAAAGAAUUUUAUUCGCUGA